AACUCUGAAGCGUCACUAUGAUUCACCUCGGGAACCUGCCCUAACGACAAAAAGCUGGGAUUUCACGAGCAGGAAGCAGGAAGAAAAAAACAGUCCAAAUGAUGGCAGGCCAUGGAGAGCUUUGUGAUGGGCAGGAGGCCACCUACUGCAUGAAUGGAGGAACAUGCUAUAAAAUACCUUCCGUGAACACUCUCUCCUGUGUGUGCAAUGAAAAUUACAAAGGCAGCCGAUGCGACCAGUAUCACCUCUUCAGCGCCUCCACCAAUGCAGAGAAAGCAGGGUUAAUUGCAGCCGUGGUCAUUGUUGCCCUCCUCAUCUUAGUGGUGGUAGCAGUUGUUAUCUACUACGUACGCAAGAUGCUGAAAGCCAAGCAACAGAGUCAACAGAACAAACCACAACAGUAUUGGAGAGUAAAAUCCAGAGUAUGA